CGCCCACUCUGAAUCAUUCGCCCCGGGGCAGACGUUCCAGCCACUAUAGAUCGCCCCCUCGUCGAUCCCUCCAAGCCGUCCGCCCUUUCACCUAUAGUAGAUGCUCUUACGCUAAAAAUAUAAAAAUAAAAAGUUGAUGGAUAAUUGACAACACAGGUCAGUCUAAUUAUUCAAAUCGGUGCAUUGCAUUAAAAAUAUCAUUAAAAUAUCGACGUAAAUAUAGCUGCGAUUUCGGACCAAUAGAAUGAUUGGAAUCAAAACAACUCGAGUCCAAGAAAAGGCACAUGCACCCGCGACCCAUCUGAUCGUGUCCCUCCUCUUAACCACAAAAACCUGCAAAAACCUCAGAGAGAGGAACGAAAAACGAGGUUUCAUGUUUCAGAAUUGCUCGGAACAGGAGAGAGAAACAAGAGAGAUGUAGCCGAGGCCGAUGAUAUUAUUCAAUAAAAUUACAUAAACAAUUCAAUAAAGAAAUAAUAAAAAAACACUUCCUUUUUGCAUGAGGUGUAUGGGUUGUGUUCUAGAUGACAUAUUCACAAAUCAUCCCCUAAAUAUCUAGUGUGUGUAUCCGUUCUCUCCUUCAGCUUUGAAGUUUGAGCUUUUCUCCAACCCCACAAACAAACGUAGUUUGAGAAAGCAAGGAAUUUGAGAGAAAAACAAAAACUCUUUAUUCAAAUAGUAUGAGUAAUUGGUUGGGGUUUUCCCUCACGCCCCACCUCAGGGUUGGCGGCGGAGAUAGCGGCGCCGAAGCGGCGGCGGAGGACAACAAUGGCGGCGGCGGUGGAAGCGGUUGCUUGCCUCCUCAUAUUCCAGCUAUGCCUUUGCGCUCUGAGAAUUAUUGGAGAUAUGACAAUGAGAUGAAUGGAUCAAACCCAAAUGAAGAAGAAGUCCCAAAAUUCGAAGAUUUCUUGGGCGGUUGCUACUCAAAUUCACCUCAAAAUGAACCAGGGGAGAUCAACAUGAACAUGCCGCCAAAUUUCGAUGAUCAGAAGAGGGAAGAAGGCUUCAACAACCCGCCUCUGUUUUACCCGCCGUAUCAGUACGGCGGCGGCGGCGGCGGCGGCGGUGGAGGGCUCAAGACAUGGCUGGAGAAGCCGGCGGCGGAGGGCGGCGAUCUUCAGGCUCUUUCUCUGACCGUGCAUCCGAGCUCUCAGGUGGUGGCGCCGCUGCAAGCGGUGGCGGAGGGGAAGAAACGGGCGGUGGCGAAGUCCGGGGCGGCGAAGGAGGCCGUGCCGAGAAAAUCGAUUGAUACCUUUGGGCAGAGAACUUCUCAGUAUCGCGGCGUUACUAGGCAUCGAUGGACGGGUAGAUAUGAAGCUCAUUUGUGGGACAAUAGUUGUAGAAAGGAAGGGCAGACAAGAAAAGGAAGGCAAGUGUACCUUGGGGGGUAUGAUAAAGAAGAGAGAGCUGCUAGGGCUUAUGAUCUUGCUGCCUUGAAAUAUUGGGGACCAACCACUCACAUAAAUUUCCCACUAAGCGACUAUGAGAGGGAGCUCGAGGACAUGAAGAGCAUGACUAGGCAAGAAUUUGUAGCCCAUUUGAGAAGGAAGAGCAGCGGAUUCUCGAGAGGGGCAUCGAUGUACAGGGGAGUAACAAGGCAUCAUCAACAUGGGAGAUGGCAAGCCAGAAUUGGAAGAGUUGCCGGCAAUAAGGACUUGUACCUUGGUACUUUUAGCACGCAGGAGGAAGCUGCGGAAGCCUAUGACAUUGCCGCGAUCAAGUUUAGAGGGACGAGCGCGGUCACAAAUUUCGAUAUAAGUAGAUAUGAUGUGAAGAGGAUCUGCUUGAGCUCGACCCUGAUAGCGGGCGACCUUGCCAAGCGGUCCCCGAAACACCCGGGGCUUGUGGGCGUUGAAGACUACAACUCUUGCGCUUCGUCGGCUUCGCCUCAGGCUCCAUUGUUGAUAACCAAUGGCGAGGAGAGAGGCGAAGCUGAGGAGCUUGCUGACAUGAUGUGGAAUGCCAACCCGGACGACAAUCGGGCCACCAAGGAUGACGCGCAACCAGGCCAGGGACAGGGGAGUGGGGAAUCUCCGGGCCCACACAUGAGCCCGCCCCGGAUGGACCAGGUGAUCGGAGAUGGGGGUGGGUAUUCGCGGGGGUAUUUCUUGGAGGGACAGAAGUACGUGGACGUGGGGUGCGAUCUCGGUGGUUCGGGCCGGGCCGAGCCCGAUGUUGGACUGGUGCAUGAGGCUCCUACAUUUGCUUUGUGGAGUGAGUGAAUGGUAUUCAGACAAGGCCUAGAUCAUGAUAGGGGGUUGGGUGUUAGGAUUUUGUCAACUUUUGUAGGAAAAUACACAACUUAUUGUGGCUCAAGUGAUGUAGAUGGGAAAAAAGGGAAGAUGAUUUUGCAAUGGAUGAUGUCUUUUUUUGUGCAAGUUGAGAAAUGAAAUCAAGUUUUUGUUGGUUAUUGAGAGGCCAAUAGUAGGGCUAGUGUAUAUUUAAAUUGGAAUAGCUACUUUUUCUUGAUAGUGUACAUGU